AUGUCAGGAAUAGAGAAGAAACGAACUUCUGUACUUGAUCCAUUUUUACUUCAAUCAAUUACUCAAGUUUUUUCUCAAACACCAGCAACCGUAAUAGCUUCACCAUCAGAUCUAUUAGCACAACUUUCUGUUAAUACUCCAACAACAAGUUCAUCCAUAGAAAUAAUUUCCGAUCUACCACAACUUGAUCUUUCAAAUAGACAAAACCAACUAUCAUCAAUCACUAAACAAACACCAUUACUUACAUUAAAUCAUGAAUUUCAAUUACCGACACCAACACCAAAACGCUCAAGUAAUUUUCUAAAAGGAUGUAAAUGGUCACCUGAUGGUCUUUGUCUAUUAACAAAUAGUGAUGAUAAUCAAUUACGUGUAUUUGAAAUUCCAUGUGAUAGAUUACCUUUAAAUGAAGAUCUCAAUGCUGUUCUUCAUCUUCAAGAACCAGAAUUAAUUUACGAUUUUCAAUGGUAUCCAUAUAUGGAUUCAAGUCAAAGUGAUACUUGUUUUAUCUUCAGCAGUUGCCGUGAUAAUCCUGUACAUUUAUUUGACGCUUAUACUGGUCAAGUACGCGCAUCUUAUAAAGCUUUUAAUCAUUUGGAAGAACUUGUUGCUGCACAUUCAUUAGGAUUCGAAUUACAAUCAGGUCGACUUUAUUGUGGAUAUGAUCGAAUUAUUCGUGCUUUUGAUAUUCAACGACCUGGUCCUUGUAUUGGACAAUGGAAUACAUUUGAUAAAGCAAAUAAUAUUUAUCAGUCAGGAAUCAUUAGUUGUUUAUCAUUUAAUUCUCAAAUACCUGGCAUGUAUGCAGCUGGAUCAUAUGCUAAGUCUAUUGGAAUUUAUGGAGAUAUGAAUGGAGAAUUAAUUGCAGUAUUACACGGUCAUGUUGGAGGUAUAACACAUAUUCAAUUUUCUCCAGAUGGUAAUCAACUUUAUAGUGGUGCUCGAAAAGAUGGAAUGAUUCUUUGUUGGGAUAUGAGAAAUUUAGGAGAAAUUCUACACACUUUUCAACGUCAUGUUGGUACAAAUCAACGCAUUUAUUUUGAUUUUGAUCCUUCAUUUACAACACUUGUGACUGGAAAUUCAAAUGGUCAUGUAUUAGGCUGGGAUGUAAAUAAUCCAUCAACUCCAAUACUUGACUUUUUAGCUCAUAACGAUUGUACAAAUGGGAUUAGUAUUCAUCCUAAAAAACCAUUGCUUGCAACUUCAUCAGGUCAACGACGUUUUGCUGGUGACAUCCCAGUCACUAUGAGUGAAGAUGAAGAUGAAGAAAAUUUCUAUGCUGAAUUGAAUGUAAAAAAAAUUCCGAGAGAAAAUUGUGUAAAAAUUUGGCCUUUUAUAAAAUAA